AUGCCGUUGCUCGAGAAGAAAGCGCUUUUGCGGGAAAAUGUGAAGUAUUUGGCAGCAGUGCUGGGAGCCGAGAUAUGCCUGGGAAUAAUGCGGCUCCGAGCUCACGGCAUGUACCAUGCGCAGCUCUGCCGUAUCCACGAUAUGUUCAAUUUACAGCUAAUUAUGUGCGUCUUCUCAGUGAUCAUUUAUAUUCGAAUCAAAGAUUUUAUCUGUUUAUCAGUUUAUGUGCAUUUCUGUUUCUUCUUGUCGAUCUCAGCAGUUCUGGAAAUUGUCAGUUCACGAUUGGCCUCUUGGCCCGAUUCAUUUCUCAUUUUUCGUUCAGCGAAAUUUAAUACGGCUUUAUCGCUAUCAUUGGCGCUGUUUCUAACCAUUUACGGUUUUGCCGUCACUCGUUCAGCACCUGUGGUAAAUCGGGUAAAUGUAAGAAUCCAGGAUCUCCCAGAAUCGUUGCAUGGAUUCACAAUUGUAUUGCUGACAGAUAUCCAUGUGGGUCCCACCGUCGAUCGUAAGCGUGUUGAAAAAAUUGUCGCAAAAACGAAUGCUUUACAACCAGAUAUGGUCGCUAUUGCGGGUGAUUUAGUUGAUGGAUUUCUUCCAAAUUUGGCACCACGAGCUAUGCCGUUGGCUAAUCUGAAAUCAAAAUAUGGAACAUACUUUGCUACAGGUAACCACGAGUACUAUCACGGUGACGUGGACGCAUGGCUGAAUUAUUUCAAAUCACAGCUUAACUUCACUGUUUUGCAUAAUUCACAUCGCGAUUUGUGCACGAACAGUGACGAUUGUCUUUGUGUUGCUGGCGUGGAUGACUUCUAUACAGAAAGACUUCGAAUUGCGCAUCAUCACAUGGAUGCGGAGAGAGCGCUUGAAGGCUGUGACGACGCACAGCCUGUUGUACUACUCGUACAUCAACCAAAUGGUGCGAAGAAAAUCGUUCAGAAUACGAAGAAAAGAAUCGACUUGAUUCUCUCUGCUCCACAAAACGUUGCGGCUAGUUUUAUUUCCACAGUUACAGGGCAUACGCAUGGUGGACAGUUUUAUAUAAUGUGGUUGAUCGCCUACCUGAAGAAUGCAUUUCUUUACGGUCAUUACCAGAUGAAAAACAGCAACACUCAAAUUUACGUAUCGCCAGGCGUUAACUACUGGGGUCCACCUGUAAAAAUGCUUAAUUUAUGCGAAAUAACUUUACUCACGCUACAUGCAUGA